GACCGCGCUCCGGUCAUCUCAUUCACGCUGCAAGACUGACAGACAGAAGCAGAGGAGCGAAGUCUACACUCCGAGGAAAAACCACCGCUAAUCUUGUUUGAUGAAGCUUGAAGACAAGAAGUAGGCUAAACUAUGAGAAAUCCCUCUCCACACGCGUAAUUACGCACGUUUCCAUCUUUAAAGGGUGCUUUUUUGUGAAGGAUGCUGGACCCCAAGGAUUGUGGAGUGACCAUGACGUCCAGUCAUAAGAUUUCAUUUUCUAUAAUUGAUAUAUUGGAUCCGAACAAAUUCAACAGCAAACGGGGAAACGAACUUUCCAAGGAGAAGUUCCAUGCGCCACAUGAAGAAGAGACAAGUUUGGAGUCGGACUGCACUGCAGGUGCAGACUUCAAAGUUGAGCGCACGAAAGCAGAGGAAGAAACAGGAGAUGAACUCUGUGCAGACUCCAGGCAUCCUGCGGUUGUUGCUGACCCCCUUUUGCUCUCCCCACCGGCUGAAGCGGAGCCCUGUCUCACCGAGGAGCAGGACGACGAGGAGUCAGCGGCGGCCACUCUGCAGGACCCCUCACCCCACAAGCGCCGGCGCCCGGACCAGGCCUGCGCCAAACCGCGUCGCGCCAGAACAGCGUUCACGUACGAGCAACUGGUGGCUCUGGAAAACAAGUUCCGCGCGACUCGGUACCUGUCCGUGUGCGAGAGACUAAACCUGGCUCUGUCCCUGAGCCUGACCGAAACCCAGGUGAAAAUCUGGUUCCAGAACAGGAGGACCAAGUGGAAAAAGCAGAACCCCGGGGCGGACAGCACCUUGCAGCCCGGCUCAAACUCCCUGAUCAACGUCAGUCCAAACCCGCCCACCUGUGCUGCAAGCUCCGCCAGCUUCCACCAAACUUUCCCUAACUUCAGCUCUGGGAACGUGAUCUUCCACACGGCGAGUGGAGUUCCGCUUUCAUCCACUGGGGGGCUCUUACACCCAUUCAUGCCUAGUGGUUUCGUCCAGCCCACUUAUUUUAAUCCACAUCUAUGAGAGAAGCCAAGACUGACAUGAUACAGCUGGUGGCACGGUUGGGAACAAAAUAACCAUUCACAGCUGAACUUUUGCUGUCCAGAAUCAGUGUAACUGUGACCUAAUGCCAUAUCAUGUUCUACAAACUGAGGAGAAGACAAGACACCUGUUUGUUACAGCUCUUGUCAUGCCCCAUUACCAUUUCCCUCAACUGAGUUACCUUUAAUUAAAAUAAAACUUCCCUAUAAAAGUCCAGAUAAGCUGUUGACUGUCUUUAAUCUUUUGUCAUGGAAUGCUUCCAAAACUUUAACAUCAAGACAAAAGACAGAAUAUGUGACUGAGCCCGGCAAGUAUUCAAACAUCAACAUUUCUUUAAAGCCGGCUCAACUACGCACUGAUUGUCCUGCCCAUGCUGUAGGCUAUAUCUGACAGCUCAUACAGUAUCAUUUUCUGCACUGGUGUACUGUCUUGCAUAUCAGACUGUGGCAUAUUGCAACCAUCCAAUACGCAGCAGCUGCGUGUUUACCUCUCAAAAGAUUUGCAUAGCCCCUGUCUGCUGCCAUUUCAACAAC